UUUACGGCCCAUGUUUACCUCGCCGUUGCCAUGGAGCCGCUGGAUCCCUUGACUUUGAGGAGUCGGUUCAGACCAUGUUGCUUCCUCCUGGUAUCUCUCUAGCUAAUCAGGUUAUGUGCUUUAUCGUCGAUUAGCUGUAUGUUUUACACGAACGUGCUAUUAAAAUCGCCGCAGCACGUUUGCUGUGAGUUUUGUUGUCGGACUGUUUAGUUUUGGUUCUCCGGUUCUCUUACAGUCUGGACGUGUUGCCAACAGUCAGUCAGCUUAGUCAGCUUUAAAACGGGGCGCACUCCUGAUGUUAUAACCUGUUAAGAUAUUUUUGGAGCCACUUCACUCCAACGUCGUCCUUUUUUAUCUACACGCAAUAUUAAAAGCCAUGAAGGAGCCUGACUCGUUGCACGGGAGAGCAGAAGAGCCGAAGGCCUCGAGUGAGGCUGUAGAGUUUCUCGCCAGUGUCAGUCCCAGAAAAGUCGAUCAGUGCUUGUUUGUAGACUCACUGGUGACUGUAUCUGACAGUGGAAGGGAGCUGGGAGAAUUCUGUGUUAGCAUACAGAAGGCCAGCUACCAAGAUGAGCCCUGCUAUCUGGUUCACGCCAACAGUCACGGGACAAUCGAUAACAUACCCUGUGGCACUUCCAUUGUGGCCUAUGUAUCCAAGAGCCUUGAGACGCUCGAACAGAAUCAUCAUGAGUAUAUGAAGAUGCAGGGACACACGUUGGACAGGAAAGUAAACAUAGUGAGGCAAGAUGACCAUCUAGUGGUGAACAGAGUUAUUACAGAGAAAGAGGAAAAAAAGAAGCAGACAUUCACAUUCCCCCUGCACUCUCUACGAGGUUUUGUUUCUGAGGCCUCCAACCUCCUAAUCCAGCGCAUUUUAGCUCGGCAGAAGAAGAUUCCAGACAAAAUGACAUUCCUGUCUUUCACUGCCGACACCCAACUCAGUGCAUCAACCUAUACAGAACUGGGGACAAAGAAGCAGAUGGUCGGCAAAGAAGUGGUGGAUGUGUUUGGCAUCGAGAGGACCAUCUCCUGUGGAGAAGACAUCACAGAAACCUGGCACUGCUACUUUCUUCAGGAUGGGCAUUUAUCAAGCAGAGUACAGAUAGGCUCUGCAGUGAUGAUGAACCUGCUGCAGCUUCCUUCUACAGUCAGUGAAGAUAAAGAUCAGAAGCCAGUAUUUGAGAAGAAGCCUCUGAUAUGGGAGGAGGACAUGGAACUCCACUCCAAGUUUCUGGACAGAAAGGAAGAGUUGAAAGCAGACCACUCCUCAUAUGUUAGGCAUCACCCUGAGCUGAAGACUCUGUUGGCAGACUUUCUGCAGUUCCUGUUGUUGAGGAAGCCUCAAGACGUUUUCUCUUUUGCGCGUGACUUCUUUGCUCCCUUUGACACUCGGCGCCCACCAGACAGCAGCUUCAAGACUUCACGAACCAUGAUUGUUCCUAAAGUGCUGGGAGAUAAAUAAAUCCUAGCCAGUCACGCCUUUAUCUCGUGCUUUGAAUAUUAUAAUAAAAGAUUACUUUGUGAAAUGAA